AUGCUGUUGACAAGGCGCUUACCUCUAGGCAUUCUCGCUCGUGGGUGGCUAGUGCUACCAAACAAGGUAGUCGCGAUUUGUGACCACAACGGUGCGCCAGACUUCCCUUUCCAAGUUAUGACUGCCCCAGUGUCAGCCAGUGCAACCGUGCUCCACGCUGUGAACGAUUUUAAAGGCAAUCUCGAACCUCACCUACCCCAGCAUCUAUCAUUCGGUAAACCUCCUCAUCAGCUGCCUACAACCUCAUUUUUACAGCCCCUCUUCUCCGCUUCUGCGGACGAUAACCUUCAUCAAUCUCCGCUACCUUACCGCCACCACGUUCGCCCUCCAUACCAUCUCAACCUGUGGCCCUUGCCUGCCCGUACAGCGGCGACCCUAUAG